UGUCAGGUCAGUUUUUCUUCCUCCUAGAACAUUGUGUACCUACAUGCACAUUGUACAAGAUAUCGCCAGUUACAAAAUUUCCUUCCGCUCUGCUAGUCCCAUGGAUCAAGUAUCGGACAACCAGCACUACCAGCCUACCCUGGCAAUGGAUGUCCAUGAACCAGUGGCGAAUGGACUGGAAAGUGUUCAGUUUGAUGUCUGGCAAAACGUCUUAUUGCCAAUGUUGUCUAUUCCAGACAUAUUUCAGCUGUGUGCCGUCAGCAAAUCUAUGCAACGGUUGCUGCUCAACGAGUACACGUUCAGACGACUUUGUGUGCUACGCUAUCAGCUCAGUCCACAUUUGGACGAGUCAUAUUACAUCCGAGCAGCAAAAUUCCUGUUUAUCGCAGACAAAGUAGCCCGCAGGUGUGAUCCUGAUUGUACUGACUACUUCUGCGGUAAUGAUCUACUCUUGGACUAUAAGGGUAAUGCCAUUGUAAAAUUAUUGAGCCUGGCGUUGAAUCCACCCGCUAUGGUCGGUCCCGUCCCGAGACGGACCGAUGCUGAUUUACUUCAUCCACUUGUAACAGAGAUUACCCUGAACGCUGGCCAUGUUUCGGAGUGCUUUCCAAGCUUAUCCACGGAUAUGAUCGUGGAAAGAUGCACGCCUCUCUACACAGAAGUACCAAUUCGCAGCAGAAGGUACCGAAUCGAAGAUAUAACAACGUUGUUGCUCGAGGUUUGUGGGUCGGUUGAACACUACCAACAGGCCAUAAUCAACAGCUUGCAAGACGAUAUGCCAAGGCUGGAGUUUUACUUGCCCUAUGUGGAUGACUCUUGUAGGUUUCAAGAGCUUGCAAAAGGUCUUCACAGUUUGGCCAAGAGCGACGCAAGGAUAUGUUCACACCUGGGACUAUAUGUCGAUGCCUCAGAACGCCGUAAGCACCUUACUUGUGCAUGGUCAUUUAAUCCCUAUGUAGAUAGGGCUCUUCCCUCGGGUUAUAACAUUUCAGAUCCAGUGCUUCUUACUAAUGAAUGGCUUCGGGACGUUGAAGAGCUCGAAGUCAGUCAUUCCGUUUUUGCCCUCCUGGUAAUGGGAAGGCUACGUACGUCUCAGGUGGAUGACUACUUCACAGCUAUGAUAGAGCACGAAGACGCCUUAACGUUAACUCCUUUGCCAGAGUGUAGUUGCCCCGAUCGUCACGAUCCAUACCUUCGUUUGGGAUACUUUCUCCUUUCGUCAUCACAAGGACAGCAAAACCGGAAGGAAUGGACGAAAGUCGACUUGGUGGACGCUAUGAUGCGAUAUGCCAGGGAACAGUGUGACUAACCGGCAAAGGCAGUGGAGACACUUAGAGCUGAGCUAUCAACUGACCACUCAAUUCGAUUAUGCACAAUACAUCUGUAGUCUUUCCUACUUUAGUCCUUUCAAUGUCGAUCUACACCCGUCAACAAUGAGUCUCUGCCUGUCUGUCUGUCUGUCCGUCUGUCUGCAACUCUGUCUCUCUCUCCGUCUGUCUGCAACUCUGUCUCUCUCUCUCCAUCUCUCUCUCUCUCUCUCUCUCACUCUCUCUCU